AUGAAGCUGCUAUCAAGCCUACUCUUUCUGGGCCUGCUGCUUGCUCUUUCCUUUGGGGCCCCAGCGCAAGAUGUAGCAGAACCUGAGAGCACACAGUCUGCACUUCCAGAUCGCUGUUUGGGCCUUGAGUUUGAUGCAAUUUCCCCAGAUGAGAAAGGGACAACUAUUUUCUUUAAAGGCGGCCACUUAUGGAAGGGAUACGAAGGUGACGCUCAGCUGUCUACAAAUGUCUUUAAGGAACUCGACGACGUUCAUGGUAUCGGUCAUGUCGAUGCUGCUUUCCGAAUGCACAACGUGGAAAACGCCGGAGACCAUGACCACGUCUACUUUUUCCUGGAUGACAAAGUAUUCAGUUACUAUAAUGAAAGUCUGGAGGACGGUUAUCCCAAAGACAUCCAAGAGGAUUUUCCUGGAGUGCCCUCUCACCUAGACGCUGCAGUGGAGUGCCCUCAAAAAGAAUGCAAAACAGACUCUGUGCUUUUCUUUAAAGGACAAGAUGUGCACGUAUAUGACAUCCCCACAAAGACGGUGAAGACAAAAACAUGGUCCCACCUGCCGGCCUGCACCUCUGCUCUGCGAUGGCUGGAACAGUAUUACUGCUUUCAUGGACACAACUUCACCAGGUUCCACCCAGUGACAGGGGUGGUCCCUGAGGGCUAUCCCAAGGACGCCCGCAGCUACUUCAUGAAAUGUGACAACUUCGGUCAUGGACAUGGUUACAGGCCCCCCAAGUGCAGUGAGGUCAAGUUGGAUGCCAUUACCACAGACGAUGCUGGGAAAACGUAUUUUUUUACGGGGAGCGUUUAUAUGCGCUUGGACACUGCUCGGGAUGGGCUCCACGCCUUUCCCAUCGCAAGAUCUUGGAAGGAGUUGUCCAGUGGGCUGGAUGCAGUUUUCUCUUUCAAUGACAACAUGUACAUGAUUAAGGAUGAUCAAGUAUACAUCUACAAAGGAGGUGCCCAUUACACUCUGAUAGAAGGAUACCCCAAAACGCUUCAAGAGGAGUUGAACAUUGAAGGAAAAGUAGACGCUGCUUUCGUGUGCCCUUCUGAGAACACUUUGUAUGUCAUUCAAGGCAGCAGCAUGAAGGCUGUUGACCUGACGGCCACUCCGCGGGUUUCACUCCAGGACACUCCCCUUCCCCUGUCAAACAUUGAUGCUGCUCACUGUGGUUCAGACGGCAUCAAAGCCUCUGUGGAGCCUCUGUACCAGGCCUCUGUGGAGCCUCUGUACCAGGCCUCUGUGGAGCCUCUGCACCAGGCCUCUGUGGAGCCUCUGUACCAGGCCUCUGUGGAGCCUCUGCACCAGGCCUCUGUGGAGCCUCUGUACCAGGCCUCUGUGGAGCCUCUGUACCAGGCCUCUGUGGAGCCUCUGUACCAGGCCUCUGUGGAGCCUCUGUACCAGGCCUCUGUGGAGCCUCUGUACCAGGCCUCUGUGGAGCCUCUGUACCAGGCCUCUGUGGAGCCUCUGCACCAGGCCUCUGUGGAGCCUCUGUACCAGGCCUCUGUGGAGCCUCUGCACCAGGCCUCAGGGUGGGACAAGGCUUCUAUCUACUUCUAA